AGUGUUAAUAACCAAUUCGGAUUUAAUUUUGAUUGGAAUAUUUAUCCCAUAAUACAGGAAAAAUCAAGUAAGAUUAACACCAAAAUGAUGAACGGAGCCAAGGAAAGGGGGUCAAUAUGGGUUGGCGUUGUACGAGAAGUUGAUGAUAUUCCAUGGCUUGUGGAAACAUACAAAAAUGAAGCCGUUGGUCAUAGCAACUCUGCAGUAUUUGUGGGACCCGCAAUAUCAUUUAUGGAAUGCUCGAAACUGGAAAAAAUAUUUGACUUUGUCGUUACCAUGGCGGAGGAUGAAAAUCCGGUAGCAUGCAGUUUCAGCCUUUGGGAUCACGUCAGUUUUAGAUUUGCCCCAAAUGGCGAGAAUUCAACAACGAUCCCAUUAUUGGAGAAUAAGCCUGCGGCGAUUAAAUCUGAAAAUGAACCUAUCGCAAUUAUUGGCAUGGCUUGUCGACUCCCAGGUUCUAACGACUACAACACUUUUUGGAAUAAUCUUGUCAAUGGGGUGGAUUCUAUUGGAGAAGCGCCAAAAGAUCGAUUCCUUCCUGCACGUGGCAGCACGAAGUUAACACCUGAACAUCUUUCAACCAAAGCUGGAUAUUUGUCUUGUCCGGUGGACACGUUUGACGCAAAAUUUUGGGGAAUGUCCCCAAUGGAGUUGGACUACACAGAUCCACAGGCACGAAUGGUGUUGCAGUUGGGUUGGGAAGCGCUAGAGGACGCUGGAAUUCGACCAUCUACUAUACAUGGGACGGAUGCAGCAGUUUAUCUCGGCUUCUGGCGAGAGGAUUACAGUGACCUGCUUGUGCAAUCCGGAGUUAGCGCUGGCAACGAAUUAAGACGAUAUUUGGGUUGUUCAAUGGGCAACGCAGCGGCUCGUGUUGCGCAUACGUUCGGAACAAUUGGGCCUGCUUUAUCAACCGAGACGGGAUGCUCUUCAACAAUAUGUUCCAUUGGAGCGGCAAUGGCGGCUUUGAGAAACAACAAGACCGGCCUGGCACUUGUAGGUGGGGCAAACCUAAUAUUGAAACCCUUCAUUUACAAAGACUUCCAGGGCGUGCUAUCACCGUCCGGCCGUUGCAAGGUGUUCCAAUCCAAUGCGGACGGAUUUGUACGUUCUGAGGGUGUAAUUAUGUACAUUUUGAAGCGGUUGACUGAUGCCAAGCGGGAUGGAAAUCAAAUAUAUGCCAUACUUUCUGGUUAUGGAACUUCACAAGAAGGUCUAACGAGAUCAACCGGCACGCCAACUAUCGACGGAGAAGCAAGGGCGAUAACGCUAGCUUUGAAGGAUGCCGGCGUUUCACCAUUUGACAUAGACUGGUUGGAAAUGCAUGGAACUGGAACUAAGGUUGGGGACCCAAUUGAAGUAGCCGCAACUAGAUUGGCGUAUGAAUUGAAUAUUGAAGAAUCUGAGCGAGAAAAGCCAUUGAUAAUUACAUCGGUAAAGGCAAAUAUUGGUCAUACGGAGAGUGUAUCAGGGGCAGCAGGAUUGCUUAAAGUAAUGCUGGCGAUUAAGCAUGGUGCUAUCCCACCGCAGAGACUAACAUCUGCCAUUAAUCCUAAGCUAAAUUUGAAAGGUUUUCAUAUACCAUUGGAAUUGACACCAUGGAAAGGAAAAUAUGCGGGUGUUUCUUCGUUUGGAAUUACUGGGACAAAUUCGCAUUUGAUAGUUGAACGGUUUUCCAUGCCUAAGCACACUGGGAGUUCAGAAUCUAAUGGGAUUCGCUCGUUUAUCCUCCCACUUUCAGCAAAAUGUCCAUCGUCUAUGACUGCUUUGAGAAAAAGACAUGCAUAUGCUCUUCAGAAUUUGGACGACAGUCAGCUAGCGGAUUAUUGUUACACAUCUGCAAUUUGUCGAGACCACUUCAAGGAAUACCGGCACGCAGUGGUUGGGCGGAACCGAAAAGACCUAAUUCAAGCUAUUUUAUCGGACGAUUUCGAAGAAGAACAAACGACGCAGAAGACACAUACUAAACCGAAAGUCUGUUUUCUUUUUCCUGGACAAGGCUGCCAGUAUCCGGGAAUGGGACGAGGUCUGUACGAAAAUUGUUCUCUUUUUAGGCAUCAUCUGGAUCUUAUAGCUGGUAUCUUAACAAAGAAUUAUGGACUCGAUAUAAAGGCGUUAAUCUUUCAAGGCACUGACACAACAAUUUAUUCACAACUUUGUAUAUUUGCUGUCGAAUAUUGCAUUCUGAAAGUUUGGUGUACAUGGGGUAUUCUUCCUUCAAUUGUGCUUGGACACUCGUUCGGGGAAUUUGCAGCGUCAGUGACGGCUGGGGCGAUGUCACUCCCAUUUGCUCUUGAAUUGCUAGUGACCUCCAGAACGAGAGUUUUUCAAAAUCUGGAAGAAGGAGGAAUGCUUGUACUUAAAGCAGAUGAAACCAUAACUACAAAUUUGAUAAACAAUUUUAUAAAUGAAGAGGCAGAACAAGAUACCUGGAUAGAUAUUGCUGCGGUAAAUUCAUCUGAACAAACGGUAAUCUCAUCCACACAGGAAACUAUUUCGAGAUUUUCGAGCUUCUCCGAUAAAUUAGGAAUUAAAAAUACAAUAUUAAACGUAUCUUAUGCAUUCCAUUCUCGAGCAUUAGAACCUGUCCUUGACCAAUUUCAAUGCGGAGCGGCUCAAUUUAAGUACCCGCUUCGAUUUAAAACUGUCGAUUACAUAUCUUCAGUUUACGGACGACUAAUCGAAUGGAAGGAAACGCUGGAUUCAAAUUACUGGAGGAAACACCUGCGGCAACGCGUAGAAUUUAUUGGAGGAGCUAAAGCAGCACUGAAAUCUGAGGCUGAAACGAUAUUUUUGGAGGUUGGCCCGCACCCAAUACUAUGUCCAUUAGUGAGCAGCGUUGCAGCAUCAUCUACAGAGACAUUGAAUGGAAAACUUCUGCUCUUACCUUCGUUGAGGAAAGGAGCAGACGAUAUCAUAACUAUGUUGGAUACUGCUUCUUCACUAUACAUCAACGGUUUUGAUUUAGAUUGGUCCGAAAUAUGGGCAAGUUUAGCACUAUCACCGCUUCACCAAAUACCAAGCCUUGUACCGCUAUACCCUUUCACGACAGAUGAAGCAUUCUGGUUCACCACUAGCCCAGCCGAUGAGCCAUCAUCCUUUAUUAAUGAAGAGAUUCACCCAUUGCUGGGAACAUAUUUUCCAACAAUGGUAGUAAAUAGCUAUACAUUUAUUAACACGACGUCACGGUUGUUGAAUAACCCGAUAACCGGUGAAUGGCUUCGUGAUCAUAAACUUGGAAUGCACAUUAUUUUCCCAGCGGCUGCGUACGCUGAAAUGACAUUCGCUGCAGUUGAUGCAAUUAAACGCAUUAACAAUAAAAACCUUCGGACAUCUAGAUUUGGGGUUGAAUUGAGUAACUUUCGAAUUCAAGCUGCUCUAUCGAUGGGGACGAAUGCUGAGUUUUACACACUUGUACAAGUAAACGAAGAGUCUGCAAUCUACAAUAUUUCCUUUCUCAGCAGAAAACCGUCUUCUGGUAUGCAUGGUGCCCAUACUAUGCAUGCCUCGACUGUUGCCCAAGUGAUAUCGCCAGAUGUUGAUGCAUCUAAUGGAAAGGAUCAAGACAUGGGUAACAUAUCUACCUGUGAUAUUAAAAAUGGAAAGGAAAUUGGGGAUCUCUAUGACCAAAUGCAAGCUGUUGGUUACAAUUUUGGGAAUAAAUUCAAGAUUUUGAACAAUAUAGUUUGUGAAACUGAAACAACCAGUAUCACAUGUAAUUUGAACAUAGCGGACGAUCUUUUAAAACCCGGUGGAUACUUCAUCCAUCCCGUCAUAAUUGAUUCCUUAAUUCAGAGUAGCCUUUUGAUAGGUAACAAUCAAAUAAAUAGGCUGAGAUUACCGGUUGCAAUUCAAUCUUUGGGGUUACAUAAGCUUCCACAAACGAUUGAUAAAACGUCACUGAAAAUUGUUGGGUCUGGAAAAGGCGUAAGACUUUUUGUCAAAACAACACAUCCGGAAAUUCAUUCAAGGGAAUCCUUAUGGACUGAGGUAGCCAAAAUAUCUGGGCUUACAACAGUCUCCACAAGUAUAAAGCUUCUUGAAAAAUCAUUGGCACCCCAUAUCACAAAGUCUCUUCCAAUAUAUGCAGAAGAAUGGCGAAGAUUGGAGAAGCCAAAGGAAAGGCCAAUAGAUGACGCUUUCUCCAGUACCGUUAUCCUUCCAAAGCCCUUUGAACUUUCCCAUGAUGAGCGUAUAGAAGUACAACGCCUAGAAAAUUUCUGUUUGAAUCGUAUAGCAUCAACAUUUCAUAAACUUGGUUGGCCAUGGGGUGUAGGAAGUAAACUACACGCCCAAGAUGUAAUUAUUGAACUUGGACUGGGACGGUUAAACCCAAAUUUCUUUAUGCAAUUGAUGCAUCAUAUCGAACAAGCCGGAUAUAUAAAGCAAUUCGAACCUUGCAAAUGGCAAGUAGUGCGAGAUUUCAAGGGAAUUCAAGACGUUGAUCCAGGAAUCAACCACUGCAUGGUUGAAGAAUGGAAGUUUGCCAAUUUCUAUUGUGCCAAACUUGGGUCAUUUCUUCUCGGGAAGGAAUCGGUACUUCCUUAUCUGUUCCCAGCAGCAGCAUCAAUACAAAUAGACUACUCGGCAGACAAAUUGUACAAAAAUUUUACAACAAAUAUUGGAUUGCUCAAAAAUUUAAAUUCUAUGUUUUUGACUUUGCUCAAAAAUCAAUAUAAGAAUGGAUGCCACUUGAACAUCUUGGAAGUAGGAGCGGGUACAGGGAGUGCAACUAAAAACUUAAUUCCGCUUUUAGAAGAUUAUACUGUAUCUUACACAUUUACCGAUAUUUCACCAUCAUUCUUAUCUGCAGCCAAAAAUAGUAUGCCUAAAAUUCAGGGCAUAGCAUUUAAGUACUGCACUUUUGAUGUUCAAAAGGAUGCGACCAGUCAGGGCUUCCUUAAGGGCAAUUACGAUAUAAUUAUUGCCUUUAGCGUACUUCAUGCAACCCAAGACGUUCAAGAAGUUUGCUCAAAUCUUAAAGGACUACUCACCGUUGGAGGACAUUUACUAAUUGGAGAGCAAUUUAGACCAUCACCUAUCGUGGACAUUGUUUUUGGUCAUUGUAAGGAUUACUGGAAAUUUCAAGACGCUCAUCGCAUUGCUCAUUGCCUUCUGGGAUUAGAGGGUUGGAUAAAUGUACUAGCUUGUGUAGGAUUCAAAUCCACAAAGUUCCUAGAAAGUAAAGAUUUGGGAAUGGGCGUUAUUUUAGCAACAAAUAAUAUUAACGAACAUCCAUCAACACAGUCAUCUAAUUGGCUAAUGAUUGCGGAGGAGAAAUCCCUAAUAGCCGAUAGACUGGAAAAUGCCCUUUCUGAAAAGGGAACACGGAUAAGUUAUAAUUUUGUUCCAUCUGAUAUCUUAACGAAUACAGAUUUAUUUAUAUUUUGCGCUCCAGCCAGCACAGAUAAUUUAAAUGAGGAUCACCUUCGAAAACAUUUUCCACUCCUCGGUUCAUUUCUUAAACUGGCCCAAGAACUAAUUAUUAAAAAAAGCAAUUGUAGACUACUUGUUAUUACCCACGAUGAGGCUUCAAUUAUAGACGAAGAAUCAAUUAUUUCGGUUGGCUCUCCACUCCUUGCCUUUUCCCGUAAUCUAGCCACGGAAGCCAUAAAUGUACGCGUGACAUGCUUGGAUUUGCAAGAUUCAGAAGUUAUAGAUAUCAGGAUAGCCCAGAUUAUGGGAGAAUUGGAAAAACCACUUACUAAAUGGAAACAGGAACCAAUAAUAAGUUACAGAGAAGGGCAAAAAUAUACGGCCAAACUAAUACGACUUCAGAUUCCUAAGGUAUCCAACAUAUCCAACAAAAACAACUUCCAUCAACUUCAACUUCCAACUUCACGAUCUAUUCAAGAUUUAGUUUGGGAGGAGAGGCCAAUGACUGGUUUAAAAUUAGACCCAAAUCAGAUUAAAAUACAUAUCCAAGCGUCUGGAUUAAAUUUCAAAGACAUUUUAAACAUCAUGAAGCCAACGGCCGAGUUUCAUAAUUCUCACGGAGUUGGUGCUGACUUCUCGGGAAUCAUUGUAGCCAUUGGUAAUUCAGUCUCAAAGUGGAAAAUUGGGGAUUCUGUCAUCGGAAUGAACCCAAAAUCAGAACCACUUCCAAAUUAUGUCACGCUAAAUGCUGACCUAUUAGCGAAGCUUCCGGAAAAUUUUACUCAUUCAGAAGGUGCAUCCCUCCCGACCGCAUUCGUUACUGCGUACCAUUGUCUGGUAUCGGUUGGGAAGUUGCAGGCAGGAGAGACUGUAUUAAUACACACAGCGUCUGGUGGCGUAGGCCUGGCUGCGAUUCAAAUUGCAAAAUCCGUUGGUGCAAAUUUGAUCGUAACUGCUGGCAGCAACAGAAAGCGAGCUUAUUUACGUGCACUCGGCUUAACUCAUAUUUACAACAGUAGAGAUACCUCCUUCGCCAAGGCCGUUCUAGAUAUAACCGCAGGUCAUGGUGUCGAUAUUGUUCUUAACUCAUUGACUUCAAAAGGUUGGAAAGAAGCUUCACUUUCUGCCACCAAAAAUGGUGGCAGAUUUAUUGAAAUGAGUAAACUUAACAUUUGGAGCGUAGGAGAAGUUUAUGAAAGGCGACCUGACGUACAAUAUUCAAUAGAAGAUCUUGGUGUUCCCGACACGUCAAGAGCAAUUAAUUUGAUUCAUCAACUCAACCAUUGGAUAGAAAACAAUACAUUAUCGCCCUUAAGAGUUAAUAUUUUCAGCGCAGAAUACAUAACCGCAGCUUUGACGGAGCUUCAGGCUGCAAAGCAUAUCGGGAAAGUCGUAAUAAAUCGCACUGGUCAAAUUUUUAACACCAGAUCCACUUACCUGAUAACAGGAGGAUUAGGAGGGGUUGGUCUGGAAAUAGCAAAAUGGAUGCUGUCGUCCGGAGCUAAACAUUUAGUUCUUGUGAGUAGAAGAGGAGAGGAGUCAACUACCGAGACAAUUAUUAAACUGAAGGAACAUAAGGUUGAUGUGUCCUGCGUAAUAAUUAAAUCUGUUGACGUUGGGGAUAACAACAAGGUUAAUCAGCUCAUGUCCGAAAUUUCAAGCACAAUGCCACCUCUCCGUGGGAUUAUUCAUGCUGCUGGAGUUUUAUCUGAUGGCACCUUAUUACAACAAAACAUUUCCAAAAUCGAGACGGUCUACAACGGAAAAGUUAGUGGGGCGUGGGCCUUACACUUCGCAACACGGCACCUUAACCUCGAGCACUUUGUUGUAUUUUCAUCAGCCGUUAGUUUACUUGGGGGGAUGGGACAAGGAAAUUAUGCAGCAGCGAACGCAGCAGUGGCGGCGCUUACGACUUAUCGACAUCGGCUUGGCUUACCGGCAACAUGCAUUGCAUGGGGACAAUGGGAGGAUUUGGGAAUGACAGCCAAUCUUAAUCGAGAUGUAUUUGGUGUGCAACCCUUUUCAAUCUCAGCCGGGCUAGAGGCACUCCAGACAAUCAUGGAAUCCAACCUGGGCGGCACAGUUGUCCCAAACUUGUUGAGCGAAGAUGUGAGGACUAGUUGGUUCCCAAAUUACAUAGAAUUGGACCAAGUUGAAGAAAUUUCCAGCAUUAAAACAGCCGUGGGAGAAGUUAAUUUAAGUUUGAAGGACAUGACUUUAGAAGAUCAAGUAGUUGCAGUAAUUUCCAAGAUUUUACGAGCUAGAGGAUCCAUUCCAAACCAAGUUGACCUUAGAGAUUUAGGAAUGGAUUCCUUAAUGAUUAUCGAGCUUAAAAACCAACUCAGUUCUAGUUUCGGAUUUCAAGAGGAAAUUCCUGAAAAUAGUAGCACUGAGGAUAUUAUAAGGCUGGUCAGAAAAGCACAAAUAUAAUGUAUCAGGUGUAUGUGAAUAUAAGUAUAUAUGUAUGUAUGAUUAUAAUAUAUCAUAUGGAUAUAUUUAAUUAUAGAGUAGGGUAAUGCUCGAACUCGGCACAACAAUUUUCUACAAAAUUGAAAUUUAAUGAAAAAAGAAAACCGUAAAUAUGUUUAAGCCUAUCAAAAAUAAUGAUGCACUUGAUGAAGGAAAAAGUAAUUUUUCGAAAACUUGUGAUAAAUAAAUAAACACUUUAAUCUACA